AUUAUGUGCAAUAGAAUAGCAGCUUUUUUCAUUUUCUGCUUGAUGAUGCCAGAUAUUUUUCACAAGUAUGGCUUUGAGUUCUCUCUUUUCACUGAGCUUCACUUCUACCCCCUGCACAAGUCUCACCAACAGGCAUUUAUUUAAUUUCCACCCUCAUCUUCACUCUAGUUCUCUUCAAUACUCUAGCAAGAAGAGAGAAUUCCCACUUCCAUCAGUGGCUUCAAUUCCAUACCAACCAAUCAAUGUAGACUACUUGGAAGAAGAAUUCAGUGGCCAUGGAGUCACUUUCGAACGUCUUAGUGAUAGCUGCGUUGCCAAGAUGACGGUGGAAAAUGGGAGCAGCGUCACAUUGAUGCUACCAAGCGGCUUAAUCACAUCAUACAAGGCUCGCAUGUGGCAUGGAGGUACAGUUGAGCUGCUGCAAACUUCAGUCUUGGAGGGGGAGGAUGGAAGUGCUGCUAUACGAGGAGGGGUUUCUCCAGCGUUUAACUUUGACAGUGAUGGUGAAAUUUCAUGGUCUCCAAGUACUUGGGCUCUCAAGGAUAUUAGAGGAGAUUCUCAUGACACUAUUCAGGUUGAAAUGGUAAGCACUGAUGCAAAAGAUAUGGUUGAAGUAAGAUACAUCUUGAGUCUCCGUGAAGAAACCUUAAGCUCAGAGCUAACAGUCUCAAACUUAAAAUCUUCAUCGAUCCAAAUGAGGGGCGGCAUCAUUAGCCAUCUGACAGUAAGCACACCAGAAGCAACCUUUGCAUAUGGAUUAGAGGGAUCGGACUUCUAUAACAGGCCUGUGUUCUUAUCAAAUUUCGGCAUUGUUCCUCCUGACCUUAGCCAAAAACGUGGAUUUGGUUCUGGCCAACUGUGGGGCAAUUUGGGGUUCAAUGGUUUUCUUACUGGCUGGGAUGCAAGAAACCAGAAGAACGGUGAUAAAGGAAACGAUAGUCUAAUAGAGAGCGAAGAAAUGGAGGGUGAAGAGAAUGAUAAUUAUAAGAAUUUAACUGAGGAAAUGAGCAGGAUUUACACCAGCGCACCGCGAGACUUCACAAUCAUUGACAGGGGCAGAAGAAACUCAGUUGUUGUAGGAAGGGAGGGGUUCGAGGAACUAUACAUAUUUAGUCCUGGUUCAAGCCGUGAAAGCUAUGGCAUGUAUUCUUUUAUAUGUGUAGGCCAAUCAGCCAUGCUUAAACCAGUAACUUUGAAUCCUGGAGACGCAUGGACAGGCAGUCAGCAUUUACACAAUCCAAAUCUCUGAGUACCAUUGAAACA